AUGGACGGCGAAAGCGUCUCCUCCACGAACACGACGCCAUCCGUGUCGCCGGCUCUGCCGAAGUUACCGCACGGCAAUGAAUCCAGUCCCACUAAGGUGUUUGUGCGCGUGCGCCCCUUCAGCGCGGCCGAGCGCGGCAAAGGCGACUCCGAGCCAACGACGAUCGUCACAGUCAGCGACGAGAACUCGUCCCACAUUACCACGCUGGACCCGAGUAAAGGCUAUCAGCCCAAGACGACGUAUAUCUUCGACCGCUGCUUCAAUAGCGCCGCCGGGGCCGAGGCGGACGAGGCGCAGAGGCUUUUGUUGGGCGACGCGGAGAACGGUGGAAAGGCCCUGGCCUCCAUGACGACACUCGAGGGGGUCGGUGCAGAAGGCGCGAUGAACCCCAUUUUGCUGGACUACCUCAGACGCGAUCAGGCCGCCGUCUACGGCCACGUCGGCCGCCCAGUGCUGCUCAACGCACUGGCCGGCUACAAUGGCUGCGUCUUCGCGUACGGUCAGACCGGAAGCGGGAAGACGUACACGAUGAUGGGACCGCCCGGAACGCUUGGUGCAGCUAUCAUGGGUGCGCCUGCACAGUCGAGGGCCGCCACUGGGGCCCCUACUAAGAAAUUCCGCCGCGCCGCCACCACAUACAACAACUCACUGCACUGGAUGCCGGACGUGAAGGCAGACGAGGCGGCAGACUCGCGCUUCCAGUCCUUUGCCUCCAUGACGCAUCGCACCGGCGGCCACGGCGAGGCAAUGUCGGUGACGGGAGAUGGGCCAUCGUCGCUAGAUGACAGCAUGUCAGCACCUUCGGAUGUGGCACUGCAGCAGUCUCGACACGGCGGCCAACACGACAGCAAGGCUCUCUACAUGGGGAGCGAGGAUGGUCUUCAGGGCAUUGUACCGCGCCUCGUGCGGGAUCUGUUCGCGGAGCUCCACCAGAAGCGUGAGCACGACAGCAGCCACUCCUUCCGCGUCGAGGUGGAGUACUACGAGAUCUACCGAGAGAAAGUCAUGGAUCUCCUGAGCAGCAGCAGCGGUGGCAGUGGCACCUCUGGCGUCAACAGCAACGGCAACGUGGAGCUGCGCGUGCGGCACAGCAAGUCUGCCGGUCCGUACGUAGAGAAUUUAACAAAGAAGCACGUGGGUGAUGAGGGAGAGGUAUUGCGGCUCCUGCGUCACGGCAACCUGCGCCGGCGCACCGCCACGACGACGAUGAAUGAUCGAAGUAGUCGCAGUCACGCCAUCUUCGUGCUGCACAUUGUGCAGAUACGCAUCUCCGACAAGGACAGCUCCUCAGCGAAGGUGUCAAGCAAGGUGAACCUCGUCGACCUCGCCGGAUCAGAGCGGACGGGAGCGCACAGCGUGGAGGGGGACCAAUUCAAGGAGGGCGUCGUGAUCAAUUCGUCCCUGACGGUGCUCGGCCGUGUCAUUGACGCUCUCGCGGACAAGUCAUCGGGCAAGCGCAACGUCUUCUGCCCGUAUCGCGACUCCGUCCUCACGUGGCUGCUCAUGGACUCGCUCGGCGGCAACAGCAAGACAACCAUGGUGGCGACAGUGUCUCCACACGCGUCGAGCUUCGACGAGUCGUGCCAGACGCUGCGGUACGCGAGCCGAGCCAAGCAGAUUGUCACUAAAGUGGUUGUCAACGAGGACCCGCAGGUGCGGCAGAUCAGGCUGUUGACAGCCGAGGUUCAGCGGCUGAAGGCGCUAUUGAGUGCUGAGGGCAAGUCUGCGGACAACGAUGACGACGUCGACGCGCUGCAGGAGCGCAUCGAUGCAUUGGAGAAGGAGUUAAACGAAACGCGCAACGAGCUGGAGCAGAAGUCGAGCGAGCUUGCCGCCAUCUGCGCUUCUCGACGCACCCUGUCGAUGGUACCGUCAACGCUCAAAGCCAGUAACGCCGGAGCUGCAGGCACGGCAAAGGAACUGGCAAAGGCCAAGUGGGAUGUACGCCGCUUGGAGGCUGAGAAUCUGCUACACCUGCAGACGGAACAGGAGCUGCACACCACGAUGGAGCGUCUCAAGGCACUCGAGAAAAAGUACGGACAGCUGCUCAGUGACACCAAAGAAGCGCAAGAAGUUGCCAAAAAGCGAGACAGGGAGAAACAGGAGAAGGACAAGCUCAUCAGUGAGUUGCAACACCAACUACAGCAGCAGACUACGCGAGUGCAGGCUAAAUCGCUGCACACGGGGAGCCUCUACACCGGGUCACCGCGGCCGGACUCGGAGAAGUCCGCCGCGAAUGUGUCUGCACUGACCACCACCGGAAUGGAAGCGGUGAGCCCCACCGUGGAGACAAACGAGUCCGGCAAGGUUGCUGGAAAGAAAAAGAAAGCGAAGCCCGGCACUGCGGGGAGCACGACAACGCCGACUAACGCAGCGCAGCCGGUGUCCACGCCGCGCCGCGACUCGGAGUGGCUCAUGGAGACGGAGCGGCUCCGAGCGCAGUUUGAGGAAGACAAGAAGCACCUCACGCUGCAGCUGCAGGAGCGCAACAACGCUUUUCGCUUGAGUCAGCUGGAGGUGAAGCGGUUGAAGAGCGAACUGAAGGGGGAGCAGGACGCACUGUACGCGGUGGAGAAGCUCUUGCGCGACCAGCAUGCCGAGGCAACACGACGGCUGGAGGAGGAGGUGCAGGAGAUGAAACGCGCGCUCAAAGAGGAGCGCCGGUGCAGUAAAGACCUGCGCCAGUCGCUGGCGGACCCUUUAGGGGAGCGGCCGCUGUUCUCGUGUGCGUAUGUGGCGCAGACAGUUUUUCACGACGAAGAGGGGCGGCGCAGCGAUGUGCAGCAGCAGGAGGCAGUGGCACGGCAGCACGUGGAGCAGGCCUGGCAGCUCUCCCAGCUAGAAGCAGCGAAGGUGGCCGCAGUGGAGCGCAAGUAUGCUGCGCACCUCGCCGAGCUACAGCGCACCGCAGAGCAGCAUCGCGCUCACCUCGAAGAAGUGCAAGCAGCGCACACAGCGCUGGCGGAGAAGCACGCGGCGUUGUCGGAGGCUCACAGAGCGAGCGAACGCACCGCCGAGGUAAUACGCCUGGAGUUAGAGGAGAAACGCGCCGCGCAGGAAGAGGCGUCCCACCUCCACCAGGUGGAGGCGUCUGCGCAGCAAGAGAAGGCUAACGCAUUGCGCGAGCUGAUCUCCGAGCUUGAGAGCGCAGCGACACUGCAGGCAGAGAAGGAGCAGCAGCUACAGGGACAACUCGCCAAUCUCGAAGGACAGCUAUGCCAAGAGCAGGAACGCAGUAAGACUGCUUUACAGCGUCUGGAAGCGGAGUGGAAGGAUCAGAUGCACGCCGUAGCCGCUGCGGAGGAAGCGGCGCUGAGAGCGGAAAGGGAGGAACACGCCACCGCUGUGGCAUCGCUGCAGGCACAGAUCCAACAGGCGGAGGAUAGGCUUCACAAGUCUGAAGAAGCUCGUAGGGCGCAGGUGAUGCGAGGGCUUGAGCAGGCAAGGGAGCAUGAGGCCGCCUUGGCGAUGCUGCAGUCGCAGCUGGAGGAAAGCAAGAAGGCGGCCACUGCUGCCGAUGAAGUCCAUCAAGGUGAACAGGCGGCGCUGCGGCAGAAACUCAUCGAGCAAGAGGUAUACGCCUCUCGUGUUCUUGCCCUUGAGCAGGAGCUCGCAGCAGCUCACACCCAGCUCGACCGGGAUCGUCGAGCAUCUGCCAAGGCAAUUUCAGAGCUGGAAGAGCAGCUCACAGCGGCGCAGGCGGAGCACACGGCGUCCGUUGAGGCCCUUCAACUCAACGCUGAACGCGCCUUGGCACAGGUCGCUGACCACGAGAAAGCGGUACAACUGCUUCGCAGUGACCUAGAGACGGAGAGAGCAGCGGCGCAGACCGCAGCGCAUGAACAUGCCGCUCUUUCGGCAAGGCUGGUGGAGCAGCUGCAAGAGCAGCGGGGGCAGUGCGAAGCGAUCAGCGCAUCCCUCACCGAAAAAGUGGCGGAGCUGCAGACGAAGCUGACGGUCGCCGAGGAGACGCACAACACGGAGAGCAAGCGUGCUGCCGACGCGGCAAAGGCGCAGGAGAGAGCCCUGACCGACCUUCGCGCUGAGCUCGAGUCGACGCAGACAGCGCACUCCAACGCUGAAAAGAUGCACGAAGAGAAGCUGCGAGAGAUGCAGAGUACGCAGGCACGACUUACACAGAAGUCGCAGGAGAACGCCGAUGCUCUUGCCGCUCAGGCAGCGCAACUGCAAGCUCGCUUGGCUGCCACGGAGAGGGACUCAGAGUCUACGUUGAGGACAUUGAAGGAGGAGAUGGACACGAUUCGGACGCAGCUCCAGAAUUCAGAAGAGGCACGUCGGCAACAGAUUCAACGAUCCAUAGACCAGGCUUUGGAGCACGACGCCGCGUUGGCGGAGCUGCGGCGACAGGUGGCAGAAGAACAGGCAGCCAAGACAGCUGAGGCGAACAGGCACAAUGAGGCGUUGCUCAACGCUGAGAAGAAGUUUGCGGCGCAUCAGCUGGAAGCCUCGGAGACUAUCAGCGGCCUCAAACAGCAGCUGGAGCAAGCCCGCCACAGUUCGCAGCUACGUCAGGCCGAUGCGACAGCGGCGCAGCAGAUCGUUCAGCGGGAGUUGGACUGCACGCGCGCCGAACUGGAGGCUUCUGAGAAAGCUCGAGCGGCGCAUAUUCAACGCAGUGUCGAAAAGGCGGCAGCACAGGAACGAACGGAGGCCAAACUGCGGGCGGAGAUUUCCUGCUUGGCGGCAAGAGCAGAGACAGCAGACGCAGCGCACUCGGCCCAAGUGGCCGAGUUGCAAGAGUACCUUCGUGAGCAGCAGGGGGCGGCCGCAGCGCAGCUGGCCGAAGCAGCCGCAGCGCUGGAAAGCGAAAGAGCAAAGUCCCAGCAGGCGUCGGCAGACCACGAAAAGUCUCUCGCCGCUGUCCUUGAUCAAAUUGCCUCGCUGGAGGCAGCGCUGGCCACGUCGGAGGUGGCACAAAAGGCGCAAGCGCAGCGCUUCAUGGAGCAGUCCGCAGCACACGAUAGCGCAAUUCAGGCUGCAAGGCAUGAUUUGCAGCGACAGCAGGCGGAGGCGGCCGACACGGCGGCGGCGCACGCGAAGGAGCUGCGCGAGUGGGAGACAAAGUGGCAACAGCAAGCCGCAUCGAGCAACGCCGAGAAGGAGUCCCUUCGCCGGGAAGCAGAUGCGCAGCGACGCGCUGAAGUGGACGCAGCAGUGAAGGCGCACACGGCCACGGAAGAGAGCCUGCAAGCCACUCUGAGCGAGGUGCGGAUUCGACUGGGAGAGGUGGAGGCGUUACGCGCGGCAGAAGCGAUGCAACGUGAGCAGCAGUCCAGCGAGCACGCCAAGGUGUUCUCUGCGCUGCAAGCGGAGCUGCAUAGCGUUCACCAGGCUAGUGCAGCGGCGGCCGCCGCGCAUAUGGCUGCGGUUGAACAGCUCAACAGCAUCAUUGCGGAGCAGAAACGCGUCAAGGCCGAGGAGGUCACGGCCAUCGCGGAGAAGCUACGGGAGACCCAGAGGCAGCUGUUCAGCUCAGAGGAGGCAAGGAGGCGAAAGGUGAUAGAAAAAGCCGAGGCGGCCGCCGCGCACAUCAUGGUGUUUGAUGCGCUCCGUCGCCCCAUGGAAGCAAAGCAUCAACAGAAGCUUGCUACCCUCACAGCGGCUAAAGCAGCAGAAGUGGAGGCGGUGCAGAUGGAGCUUGCUGCGCAGCGGGCCCUCACACAACAGCUGCAGACAGACCUCCAAGACGCGCGCCUUCAGGUGCGGCAGAUGGUGGAGACCCAAAACUAUGUCGACAAGGAGAUGGAGGUAGAGAAGCAGGCGAACGCUGAACUCCGCCAGAGCUUGGCAGACACCGCGGCGCAGCAGGCCGCUAGCGCAGCAGUCGCCGCGGGGCUGGAGGUGACCUUGGAGCAGACGAAGAAGUCCCUUGCCCAGCUCGUCGCGGAGAGGACGGUGUUGUCGACGGAGCUCGCCAAGGCCAUCGAGACGGUGGAGACCACCCGCGCGCACCUUGCAGCUGUGGAGAAAAUAGCGCAGCAACGCCGCGAAGAGCUUGAGGCACAGGGAGCUGCUCUUGCUGAGGCCAGCGCGUCAGUGGACCAGCUGCGUGCAGAGGUAUCUGCGCUGCGCUCGCAGUGCGCAGAGACAGAGAAGGUGCGGGACGCCCUCAUCAAACAGUACGAGGAGGCGCUUGUGGCGCAGCAGGUGGAUACCGUCACGGAGCUGGAGGAAAAGUUCCGCGCAAUGGAGCACGAGCGCGAGAUGGUGGUGCACAAGGCACAGGAAACAGAGGAGGCGCUGCGCAGCGUCAUUGAGAAGCAGGAGAAGAAGCUUAAGCAGCUGCGCGAAGACCUGGAGUUUGGCGCCAGUCUGGACCAGUGCGAAGCUGAAGUUGUGGAACGCGACAGCGCCAUUGGUGCUGCCGCCAGCUCAACUGGACUCACUGUCGCCGGCAGCGGGACAGGCAUCGUUUCUUCGAACACCUCCUUUUCGGCCCCUGGUAGCUCUGCUGUUCCGGUCGGCAGUGGCGGCGGCUUCGGCACCAUGUUCAGCUCUUUCUUCUCGCGUCGCAACACCACGGCGGCGCUGCCGGUUUCCACUGCACCAUAUGCGAGCGGCACAGGUAUGGACGACGCCAACGACCUUCCACAAACGCUGACGCGUCCCUUCUCUGGGAACAAUCGCAGUAGAGCUACGACACCGCUUCGGCGCAGCGCCAAUGGCAACCUCUACAGCACGAGCGCACACCUCCACUCCUCGAUCAUGUCGCCGUCGCUCUUCUUCGGGAAGACUAACUCAGCGGGGUCGGUGGCGAUGGUCGCCAGCUCUGGGGCGCCGUCUGCGUCGCGUAACGCCGCGCAGGGUGCAAUCGAGGACCCUGGUGUAAACGAAGAAGCGCCAACGUUGCACGCACGACUGGGCAUCCGCGCCACGAACAUCGUGCUGGGACAGAAGUGA